AGGGGCUGGUGCUGCUCAGGCAUUAUCCGGGGAAGCCCCGUGCCCCGGUUUGCGCGGCGCGGGGCGGAGCCUGAUGCGGGCAGGGACGUGGCCGGAGCGGCUGCAGCGGAGCGUGUGUGAGACCGCACCGAGCCCGAGCCAGCGCCGCCGCCAUGCCCGGGCCCAACCCCAGCGCCACCAGCGUCGGCUCCUCCGGGCGCUCCCCCAGCAAGGCUGUGGCUCCCCGCGCCGCGGGAUCCACCGUCCGGCAGAGGAAAAAUGCCAGCUGUGGGACAAGGAGCGCAGGCCGUGCCACGUCCACAGGGACUGGUGGGAUGUGGCGGUUCUACACUGAGGACUCUCCAGGUCUCAAAGUUGGCUCCAGAUGUUCCCCUUCAUCUAAGGAUUACCACACAGGGACAGGACAAGGGAAGAUCAGAACAGGAUCCACUCUGAAAGUCUGAGUUGGCCUCACAGGGCCAGAAGACUUGCACCCACCAUUUCAAGUAAUCUGACAUGCAAAGACAGUGACACAGGAUGCUGCAAGGAAGGUCUAGUUCUGCUCAGCUGUAAAGCAGGUUUCCAUGAUGUCAUGAUGACAUCAUGAGUCAUAAAUAGUGAGGAAAGGAGGAACAAGAGAUGAUCAAAUGGCCGCAAGGAUUAGCCAGAUCAUGAAAAAUAUCAGAAAUAACAUUAAGUGGAAGAUGAAAGGCCUGCCCAAUCAUCCUUUAAUGUCAUUCACUAUCACAUUUCUUUUAUCUUGUCCUAGACUGUGAAAGCAUGGUCAAGCAGACAAGAUUACACACUUUGAUUUUGCAAGGGCCAACUCAGUUACGUUUGAAGCCUGCCUUCAUUCUGCUCUGAGGGUAAAAGGUUUGCUUUCCCUCCUUUUCUCUCUGUUCAUCCUUGAUUCCUUACAGCCCUGGAAGGAUCAACUGGUCCUUCUACAUAGGUCCAGGUAGAGCUCAGCAGAGACAGAUGGUUAUGAAGACCCAGGAGGCUGCUAGAGCCAGGCAGGCAUUUACAUAACUCCCAUCUUUUCCCAAACAAAUGUCUGAGCUCCACAGAUUGUUCAGUACAUCUCUUGUUUUGACCAAUGUCCCUGUAUCAUCAUUAUGCUGUUUAUUUCUGCUCAUUCUGAAUGUGAAUGUGUUCAUAAAUAAAGGCACAUACAGAUGUGUUUUGAGAUAACUGUGCUUUACUUAAUGA